GCCGCAGUGUCCCCCUCCGCCGGGUCUCCAUUCAGCCCCCACUGGGCCGCUGCGGCCUCGUCUCCGCCCCUCGGAAGUGACGUAUCGCGCCCCGCCCCCUCCGCCAGAUCCGCUGCUGCUGCCUAGGCGGGCCGACCUGCAGGAGGCAGCGGCGGCGGCGGCCAAGGCCGAGGGAAGAUGGCGGACGGUGUGGACCACAUAGACAUUUACGCGGAUGUGGGCGAAGAGUUCAAUCAGGAGGCGGAAUAUGGUGGACAUGAUCAGAUAGAUUUGUACGAUGAUGUCAUCUCUCCGUCUGCAAAUAAUGGCGAUGCCCCAGAAGACCGGGACUACAUGGAUACUCUUCCACCGACUGUUGGUGAUGAUGUGGGGAAAGGAGCAGCACCGAAUGUUGUCUAUACGUACACUGGAAAGAGAAUUGCAUUAUAUAUUGGAAAUCUAACAUGGUGGACAACAGAUGAGGACUUAACUGAAGCAGUUCAUUCUUUGGGAGUAAACGAUAUUUUGGAGAUAAAAUUUUUUGAGAAUCGGGCAAAUGGACAAUCAAAGGGAUUUGCCCUUGUUGGUGUUGGAUCUGAAGCAUCUUCCAAAAAGUUAAUGGAUCUGUUGCCUAAAAGAGAACUUCAUGGUCAGAAUCCUGUCGUGACUCCGUGCAAUAAGCAGUUCCUGAGUCAGUUUGAGAUGCAGUCCAGGAAAACUACACAAUCAGGACAGAUGUCUGGGGAAGGUAAAGCUGGUCCUCCAGGAGGCAGUUCACGUGCAGCAUUUCCACAAGGUGGUAGAGGACGGGGCCGUUUUCCAGGGGCUGUUCCCGGUGGGGACAGAUUUCCUGGGCCAGCAGGACCAGGAGGGCCACCUCCACCUUUCCCAGGAAAUUUGAUCAAGCAUCUUGUUAAAGGAACUCGGCCUUUGUUCCUGGAAACUAGGAUUCCAUGGCAUAUGGGGCACAGCAUAGAGGAAAUACCCAUUUUUGGCCUAAAAGCCGGACAGACUCCACCACGUCCACCAUUGGGUCCUCCAGGCCCACCUGGUCCACCAGGUCCUCCACCUCCUGGUCAGGUCCUGCCACCUCCUCUGGCAGGACCUCCCAAUCGAGGAGACCGCCCUCCACCACCAGUUCUUUUUCCUGGACAACCUUUUGGGCAACCUCCGUUGGGUCCACUUCCUCCUGGGCCGCCGCCUCCAGUUCCAGGCUAUGGCCCUCCUCCUGGCCCACCGCCUCCACAGCAGGGACCGCCUCCACCUCCAGGCCCCUUUCCACCUCGACCACCAGGUCCACUUGGGCCUCCCCUCACACUUGCUCCUCCUCCACACCUUCCGGGACCACCUCCAGGUGCCCCACCACCAGCUCCACAUGUGAAUCCUGCUUUUUUCCCUCCACCAACUAAUAGUGGCAUGCCAACGUCAGAUAGUCGUGGGCCACCGCCCACAGACCCCUAUGGCCGACCUCCACCGUACGAUAGGGGUGACUAUGGUCCUCCUGGGAGGGAAAUGGAUACUGCAAGAACUCCAUUGAGUGAAGCUGAGUUUGAAGAAAUCAUGAAUAGAAAUCGGGCCAUCUCAAGCAGUGCUAUUUCAAGAGCUGUGUCUGAUGCCAGUGCUGGUGAUUAUGGGAGUGCUAUUGAAACAUUGGUAACAGCAAUUUCUUUAAUUAAACAGUCCAAAGUAUCUGCAGAUGAUCGUUGCAAAGUUCUUAUUAGUUCUUUGCAAGAUUGCCUUCAUGGAAUUGAGUCCAAGUCCUAUGGCUCUGGAUCAAGAAGACGUGAACGAUCAAGAGAAAGGGACCAUAGUAGAUCACGGGAAAAGAGUCGGCGUCAUAAAUCUCGGAGUAGAGAUCGUCAUGAUGAUUAUUACAGAGAGAGAAGCAGAGAGAGGGAGAGACACAGGGAUCGGGAUAGGGACCGUGACCGGGAGCGUGACCGAGAGCGAGAAUACCGUCAUCGUUAGAAGUAAAUAUACCUACAUUUUAAGUGGUCCAAGUACUUGUUCUGAUUUAAUCUUCUGAAAACAUCUGAAAGCAGGUAAGCCAUCACAGGUAAAAAAAUCUUGACCUUUUUUCCUUGAAUUCUGCAAGUGUUCUGUGACUUAGAUUUCAGAUUGUUUAUGGUCUUAAAAAAAUAAUCAAGAGGACUCAUUGUGUACUUCUAAAAUUUAAAAAUUUGGAUUCUUGUAAUCAUAUUUAUUGUUUGCAUAUGAUUUAAAAUAUUUAUAAAACAACAGGGAAUUGUUUCUGAUAUGAAUAUUAUGUGCUUGGAUUUUCAAAAAUAAAGUUUCUGUCCUUUCUCCCUUGAACUAACUUCAUUUGUCCCUGAAACUUUUUAAGAACAUCUAACUUUAUAAUAGUUUAUAAUAAUAUAAAAAGAUGUUUUUCAGCAUUGAAAGAGUUUUUCCCAUUAAAAAAUUACAUUUUAGAAAAAAAUUUCUGGCAUUUGAUUUUUUUUUUUAAAGGAGCAUUAUCUUUUUAAUUGUGCAGAAGGUAUAAAGUGGGUUCAGGGUACAUAAUCUAAAAGCGUUAAGUUGUGCUAAGCCAUACAUCCCAAGUUAGAAAUAAUUGGAAAUAAUUUUCCUUGUUUCAUUCAUAAGCCAUAAUCAUUGUCUUUUUUUCUGUAUUUUAAAAUUUUGUGUACUUUUUUCAUAAAGUAGAAUGGGUUGUCUGUUUAUGCUUCAUUUUUACAUGUAAUUUUAUUUUAUAUUUGUGAACAAUGUUUCAUGAAGAAUGGGGAAAGAGCACUGUGAAUCUUGCAUGUGACAGGUUAAUCUAUUAACACCUUUGUUCCAUAUAUUGAUGGCAUAUUGGAGUUAGAUAAGGCUUAAAACAAAUCCUCUAUAUGUAAAUAUUUCAAGGAAACUUACUGGUAAUCCAGUCCUGAAAAUUGUUAAUAUUUAAAUUGUAAUUGGCUUUAUUGUGUAUAUAAUUUGUGACAGCAGUUUCUUUAAUUACCUCUCUCUCGUACACACUCAGACACACGCACACGAGAAAAAAAGAUGUCUAAUUUUUAUGAAGCAUAAGAGUUAACCACUCUUGCCGUUUCAGGGUUUUUUGAAAUGAGAAACAUGACUUUAAUACCUUGUCUUACAUUUUUAAUAUGUCCUUGAAUAUUCAUUAAGACCUUUUUAUUAGUUAUGUUGUAUUAAAAGUUUUAAUUCUCAAAACAUCUAGUUUUAAAAUUUCUAAAGUUGGUGAUGCUUGAAUAUAAAAAUUGAACAUUGUACCAUAUAAAACUAAACUAAAUUUUAAAUGAAGUUUUUAUUCCUAGUAAAAAUCCCUUAUGGUGAAUUCUGAUUAGGUUAUUACUUGAAAUGUCUAAUUCUUUGUCAUUUGAUAAGGUACAGGUUCUACACAUUGUAUUUUAUAAUUAUUUACUUUAGACUUUGCAGUUUAUCAACUAUCUUACAGUUACCAAAGACAAUGACAGUGAAACUUGGAUACAUUUUCAUUUAUUCAGUGUGCCCAUCAAGGGGCCUCUAAACAAUUCAUAUGUAGUUAAUAAGUAGCAGUUUUCUCAUGGGUCUUUAAAAUUAAUUCAGUAAAGCAGGUUAUGUUCCUUUUGAAAAUUUCAUUGUUAAUUUUUACAUACUUUGGAUAUAUAUUCCAGUCAAGCGUAUAUACUUAAAUAUAGUCAUGAUUUGAGUUCCAUGUCUUUCAGACAUCAACCACAAUUUCCUAGUGUCAAGCUGUUGAUGUUUUUGCAAUCAGUGAUGUACCAUAUCCCAAAUCCCAUGUUUUGUUUGUACAUUAAUCAGAAUUGAGUUGUAAUAUUGUUGUGUGCCUUCAUCCAAGCAAAAUUUUACAAAAGCCUUCCUAAUGAGGAGUGGGGGGAGAUGUUUUCCUGGAUUAUUGUACCAUUGCUAUAUGCCAAGCAAUAUUUAUUGUAAGUAGAUGUAAGUGGGUGGGGGCUGGGAUUAAAUAUAUAUAUUCAAGUGCAAACCUAUUUGCAAAUUUUACUACUUUAUAAGGUCUGUUGACCUCUUUAGAAGUUUUUGAAUAUGAGUCCUUUUGAAUUUUCAUGUAACUCUUAAAUGGAUUAAGAAGUGCUUCAACAAUAAAGUAAAUAUCAGUCUUUGUAUAAGUUAAUAAUGUAAUACACUAUCAAGUGUUGAGGUGGGAAAGGGCAGAUUCUGGAAACUUGAUGUUGGUUGGCAGCUGUUAAUGUCUGUCCCAUCCUAAGUUUUUUUUUUUGUGUUUGAACUGUUGGGUAAUGUUAAUUACAUUCUCAUUUGAAAACUGUAUUAGUUUUUCUAAAAGCAUUUCAUAUCCAAGUUCAAAUAGGUAAUAAUACUUAAAUGAGAAAAGUUUUGUAAAUUCCAGUGUGUAAAUGCAUUGUGCUUCAUAUUCUGUAAUUUUUGCCUUAUUCUCAGACCACUCUGAGCAAAAUAAAAGGUGUAAGAUUGUGUUCAUAAAGAAAUGUUACAGUUACAGUUGAGUUCUUAGAUUGUGUUCACCUGACUGUUUAGAACAGUUCUGCUCAGCUCAGAAGUUUCUGCUAACAACUGAGUUUGUGUACUGGAGAAUAAUGAAAGCAAAUUUUUUUUUGAGAUGCUUUUUAUUCAGGCUUCUCUUUCUAGUUUAAGAAAUUUACAUUUCUCAAGUGGUUAUAUUCUUUACUAAGUACUGUGUUUGGAGUGUGGCCAUGUGAUUACUUUUGGUGUAAAUGUCAUGAAUUUGAAUUUAAUUAAUUACUUUAGGAUACUUUGUAUUGCUUACUUAGGUUACUAUAGCUUUGUGUUAAUUUGGAGGAAAAGCCCAAAUUAAGAUGUUUCAUCUCCUUAGGAGUGUUAUGCUGAGGCUUUUGUGAAAAUUCUUUUCAUUGCUUGAUGAACAAUAACUGACUGUCAACAAGAUCUUAAUUAUUUCUACAUCUCUUAGGUCAUUUGUUACUGCCUAGUAUUCCUCCCCAGCCUUGUGUCCAUCUGUCUCAGUUGCUGUGCUUUAUCUUGCUAUGCUGGUUCUCAUUUCUCUUCUUAUUUCUGAUAUUUUUAGUAUUUGAAAAAUCUGUCUUAUUACAGUGUCUUAAUUGAAGUGACAAGAAAGAGUAGGAAGUGAUCCCUUGGAUGUAUUUUUUGCUCACUGUGGUUUAAGAAUAUAAUUUUGAUUAUAAAUAAUUGAUGUUUCUCUGUCUUAAAAAAAUUUGAAUGCCAAUGUGAGUCACCUUGCUCUCACUUUCAUCUCAGUGUGAAAUUUCCUACCAUUGUUUAGUUUGUAUAUUUGAUUGUUUGAAUAAGUAUAUUUUUUAAUGAAUAUUCAGUUAGCAUUGUUUAAAGGAAACCCACUAACCAGUAAGAGAAGAGCGCCAUUCAUGUUAAUCCAAAUUAAUGUUUUUGCUUUCUGUGGUUAGAAAGUUCUAUCUACCUCUUGAUGUAGGUGAAUUGUAAGUAACAGCUUCUUUUGAAAUCUCCAUGUCUUUUGGGUGAUUCUUUUUGAUACAAAGUCUAUUUUUUUUUCUUUUUUGUAAUGGAGUUUAUUUCUACCAUGGAGUCAGUUGCAUAGAACAUCUAAUUAUGUAUUUUGUAGAGUAAGGGUAAGUAUGAUGUUUAGAGAAAAACAGGACAGUAUAAACUCUUGGUUAGCUAGAAACUUUUUGUGAGCACCAGUAAUAAAAAGAAUUGCUUUUUAUGUACUGUGUUCUAGUCCAUAUAAAAAGAAACUUAAGAAUUAAUAUAAGUUUAGAUGCUUCUGUUGCCUACUUCAUCCCCAAACCUCAUUAGGGAGAAAUUUCCAGAUAUAGAAGAUUAAACUUUAUUUAUUUAAAGGCAUUGAAUUUCUAAAAUUAUGUGAGGAUCCUUUUUGACUCAGCACAUUAAUAUGAAAACCUGUAAGAGCUGGGUGUGGUAGUGCACACCUUGACCUCAUCCAACACCUAGAGACUACAGGAAGAUACUGUGAGCUCCAGGCCAGCCAGGCUUGCCAGGGCCUCUAUACUAAGAUCCUAUUUCAGAAAUAAAUACAAACAUGCAGUAUAAAAACUUAUGAGAAUUCUAUAAAAUAAAUAUUCAAAUGCUUUUCUUUAAAAGAUGAUUUUUUUUCUUGAAUUUUAAAAUACAAAUAAUGCCAAGUUUGCAUUUAAGUGAUGAACACUCAAUUUGAGUUGUUAAUGGUUUGAUACCACAUCAAAAUAUAGGUAUUUUGCUCUGUAUUAAAAUUAUACUGCUUGCGUUAGCUUGCAGAUUUUGAAACUAGUUGCACUGUCUUGGUUCAUUUAAUAGCUGUUUACAUAGGUUCCCUUUUUAUAACUGACAGCUAGAGCAAGUAAUUGUGCGACUUGACAGUACAGAGUUGAUUAAAUGCUAUUUUGAACAUACCAGUAUUGAAUGUAUUUGUCACUUUGAAGCUUUUUGAUAAUCUUUGUUUAUGCAGAUGUCUACUUAGACUUUGAGAUUAUUAUAUGGAAUUGGGUUAUUGGAAAUGGGUUGUAUUGCCUUUAAAGUUUGCUUCCGUUUGAGAUUGUAAAAUUUGUGUUUAUGUAAAGUGUUUAGAACUAGAAAUAAAAGCUUCUAGAAUGUUCCCUAAAUUUUAUGUCUGUAUGGUAAAAUUUUAGGAUUUAUUAAUUAGUGAAGACUUACGUAAAGAUACGUAGCAAAAGAUGAGUUCAUUAGUCCUGCAUAAAGAUGUGUAUUGUGACAUCACAAACAAGAUUUCCUAUAUAAAAAUAGUAAAUUAGGGUCAUGGUAAUAUGUACCCUAUGCUUUGUUUUUGUUUUUUGUUUUUUUUUUAAUCCAUAAUGUCGUAUACAGUGUUCUGCCUGCAUCUAUGCCUGAAGGCCAGGAGAAGGCACUAGAUCUCAUUACAGAUAGUUGUGAGCUUCUAUGUGGCUGCUGGGAAUUGAACUCAGGACCUCUGGGAGAACUGGAAAUGCAGUCAGUGCUCUUAAUCACUAAGCCAUAUCUCUAGCCCCCCUUGUGGCUUUUUUUCCUUUGGUUUUUCAAGACAGCCUUUCUCUACCUUAUAGUCCUGGAAUUUUCUCUGUAGACCAGGCCAGCCUGUUUCUGUCUCCCAAGUGCUGGGAUUAAAGGACGUGCGUCACCACCACCCUGUGGCUUUUUGAAAGAUUGAUUUUCUUUCUUUUUUUUCCUAUCCCCACACUGUGAUUUUAAAAUGAUUUGUCUCUCAGUGAUCCAUUCUUAAUCUUUUGUAACACAACAAAAAUAUUAGGGGAGAUAGCAUUCCUUUUUUAGUAGGAAUUAUGAAUUUCCCUGCAAUCUGUUUAGCAGCUUAAAACAUAUGUGCUUUGUCCUUUUUCUAAUGCCUUAAUGUUUUUAAAUUUCACUAGUGGUGGGAGUGUACUGUUUCGUAGGUCAUGGGCAUAUGAGAAGUCCUUGAUUCAUUCUUAGUAUCAAGUCCAGAAAACAGAAAAAUUCUAGUCCUACUAGAAUUUUGUAACCUGUAAAAUAAGAAUAUUUCAAAAUUGACGUCACACAUUUUUUCUAUUAAGUAGUUUCUCUAUGUAAGCCUCAUCAAACUGACAUGAAAGUGGAAGGACAAAAGGUGAUACUAUAAAUAGCUUAAAUGUUUGUUUAAAAAGUACAGAUGUAUAGAAAGCAUUUAGAUGAGAAAGACCCUUUUGUACCUUUAAGAUUUAUGUUUUUAUUAGGAAGUGUGAAUAUGUGUCUAUAUACUGAUAUUCUUAAGAGUCUCCUAAAGAUAAUUGAACACAAUUUAUGGUUGUCAUCGAAACUACCAUUAACUAUAAAUAGCAUAGGAUCUUUUAAAAUUUUUAUGACAGGAUGUCACUAACCUUUGUGUGCUUUUGAAAAAUAUUAAACUACCUCUUUAGUAUUUCUAUUUUAAAUAUUUGAUAUUUCAAUGAUAUUUUUAAAUUAAUGUUUUUUUGGAUUUACAUAUAUAUUAUUUAUAUAUAUGUAUAUAUUCCUGAAACUAUAGUAUCUCAAUUUUACUAUUCGUUUCCCUUUCCCUCUUUAUGUAAGUUUUCAAUGAAGUUUAUCAUUGUAGAUUCCCAUUAGUUUCUGUUUGGUCAGUGGAUAUAGGAGAAAUAGAAUGAAAGUAACGUCUCAAAUUUGUAUCAUGUCUAAAGAUUUGUAUGUGGAUGUCAUAUUUAAUGUCCAUGCUGAGGUAUUUAUAAAUUUUGUAACAUGGAACACCAUUGGUUUAUAACAGAUUGACAGAAUUUCGUGUAUGCUGUCAAAUUACAGUUAAUUUGUAAAUUUCAUUGCAUUUUAUAUUCAGUUCAGCAUUUGUUUAAUAAAUUGUGUGGAUGAAUGAAAAGUAGCUACAUUCAAAUCCAAACAUUUUCCCAUUUAUUUUGUAGUAUGCAUAUUUUAGGAAAUGAUGUAUGACUGUUCUCAUCAUCACAGAAACAGUAGCUGCUGUAUUUGCUUUUGUAAUUUUUUACUCUUAAAAAUUCAUAUAUAUUGUACAAAAUAUUGGUCUUCAGAUGACAAUCACUGAACUUCAAAGGUAGAAAUGUAUAAAAAGAACGAAAUGAGAAUUUCUCGUUUGGCAUCUGUAAAUCUGGAGCAUUUCUCCACCGUGCAAGCAGCUCCUGUUUGAGUUACCUUUUAUUUUGUGUUAGAAUUCCUAAGAGUGAGUAGAUGCACGACUUGUGUAUGUGUAGCUAAGCCAACAUUUUUCUGUGUAUUCUGGGGAAUAGCAAAAUCUACAUCACAAAUUUUGACACAUUACAGCUGAAGGAAGAGGAACACCUUCCAAGACAAACAGUCUUCAUGAGGGAAAAGUGACGCUUGUCCAGCAGUUUGCUUCUUGUGAUUGAACUGAACCUGUAAGGAUUCAUGGAUAAACUGAACAGGAAUAGAUCUGAAUAAAGCAAAUCUGCAUAAAUGGUAACCAGUAGCUCUACUUUUAUUUUUUAUGUUGCUUAACUGUUUUAUUUGAAGGAAAUCUGUGUGAUUAAAAAGUUAAUAGCUUUUGCAACUUUAUUACUGGUUAUAUAUAUUUGGCUAUUAUAAUGUGCAAGCCAUUGGAAAAAAUUCAAGUAAAUGCUUGUUUUUAUAGUAGUUUGUUCUUGUUAAAAAUGUUCAUAUGAUAAUGUCUGUAAACAGCACCACUUUGAUUACAAUAGAUGUAGUGUUGUAAUAAACUGUUUAAUGGGGCUGAUGUGUAAAGUUAUUUGAUGUUUACACCUCAGGGAAAGUCUUGUGUUCAGCAAUAUCUAAAGAUAAUGUUACUAUGACAACAUUUUUACUGUCCUUUAAAAAAAAGCAUUGCAAUAGGGUAUUUGGAUAUGCAUCAAUUUAAUCUUGCGUUCAGUGAAUUAAACAUAACCAAUUAAGUGUCUCUUGCCCUUGAUUUUGAUAUUAGAAUAGGUAAUUACAUGGAUAUUUAAUAUUUCUAUAUUCUGCUUUUUAAGCUGUUUUUACCUAGUUAGCUUGUGAUUUUGCUGAAUGGUAUGUAAACUUGUAAAAAUUGAAAUUGGCAGAUAUAGCAAUCCAGUCAGUGUGUUAGGGGUCAAAAAUUUGAGGUUGUAACUUUUUUGGUAAAGACUCAUGUGUUGCUACAGUAGUGCAGCUUAAUUAUUCCCGAGAUUACUAAAAUAAUUAAUUGUGAAGUGCUAGCAUUUAAGAGAGGUUUUGGUAAUUCUGAUUUUGGUAAUUCUGACAGUAGUUUACUGUUUCUUGCUGAUGGUUCUAUAGGCAGUGUAAAUAUAGUCAUACAGCAGAUAAAUGUGAAUAAAGAAAGUCCUACUGUUCUUCUGGGUAGAAAGUCUGAAGGGUUUUAUUCUUCCGUGUGAGUAAUGGGAGAUUAUAGUUACACCCUGUCUUUAUGAUUCAAAGAAUUCUGUGUAUAAUUCAUGUAACCCUCUUUAUGCUUGAUUAAAGUUAGGACUCUUAAUUUUUUUCCUUUUAAUCCCAGCCCAAAGGCUGUAUUCAAAGUACCUGGCUAGCAUGUGUUCUGCAAAAUUAGCAGAGACAGUCUGUCAGCUUGAUUACUUAUUUUUAUAGGAAGUUAAAAAUCUGAAGUACUAAAGAAAUUUGAGAUAAAAUCCUUAAGAUAAUUUGUUUUAAAUAUGUUUUAAAGAUCUUAUUACUUAAGAGAUCUUUGGAUAGUAGGCAUUGACUUUUAAAGUUUGUCUAAAAUUUAAGGGCAGUGCUUUGGGUAUUUGUGUACCAUAGAUAGAGAUAAUGUGCAGCUCGAGAGGUUUGCACUGGUGUUCUUCAGUUUCAAAAUAUCCUUACCACUGCCAGUUCAUUUAAAAACAUUUUGUGAGCAAAGUAUUUUUGCAAGAGAUCAUUGGUGUUUAUCAGAACUGUUAGCUCUCAGAAAUGAUUUUUCUUAAGUGUUUAAAUCUUGUUAAAAUGCAAGUUGCCUUUUUAUUUGAGAGUUGUAUCAAAAUCUAUUUUCUUGUUUUGUGUAUAGGUAUUGUAAGUUUUUGUCAUUUCUUAGCUUUUUUAAUAGUUUAAUUACAAUAUUCUAAUGUGAAGACGUUUGGACAUGCAUAUGUUUACAAGGGAAAUUAGUUAAUAGUAAGAUUAAAAGGUAAGUAAAAUGUCCAUGAGAUCAAUUUUCUCUGAACACUUUUAAAAUGGAAUCACAAAUACAUAUACUUGAAAUGAAACUGGAGAUUUUGUACUAAUUUUAAUCCUUCAUUACCUUCUCUUUCUUUUUUUAAUCAGUGGAACCCUUUAAUUGCCUUUCUGUCACCCUUCUUGCUUGGCUUAUUUCAUUAAGUGACUUUGGUUGCAGAUAGUGUGAGUGGAUGGCAGUUGUUCGCUGCUGGUGGUCAAUUAUUUUAAGUUGUCAGGAAGAAAUAAAAUAACUUUGGUUUGACUAAAUUUGCAAAGUCUCCUACCUGUUAACACAUGAAUGUAUAGCAGUAAAAGUAACAAUUGCAAAUCUUGUUUUAUUUGUCAAAAUCUUUAUGUUUAGGAACCAGUGUUAUUUGAAAACUUGUUUUUAAUGUGUAAAAGCAAUCCAAAGAGAUAAAUCUUUGCAAACACACCAAAUAAACAAAUAUAUAGAGAGAACUAGAAAAAAAAGUGAUGGGGGGUUUAAAAUUAUUGUCCAUAUAUUGGUGAUGAAAACAAGCCUGAGUGUAUUCUGAAUCCUAGCAUUGCCUAUUGCUGCAGCCUAGUAGUAAAGUUAUAGGUGCGUGGGAAAGACCCACAUGGUGUUUCUCCUGGAGCAGCACCCUGAGUUCAUUGUACUGCUGUGAGGUAAAGGAAAUAUGUUUGUAGAAACAAUAUUUCAGUGUAAAUUUAUAAGUGUUUAUGUUGUUUUGUCAGUUUCCAGCAAGAUUUUGAGUAACUUGCCAUAGCUAUUGAUCAUAUAUGUUAGCCCAUUUAAUGGCUCUUUUACCUAGCAUAUUCUUAAGCAGUUAACUACAAUUUGGAAUUCACAAAUAACGUGUAGCUUAAGAUAUUUUCAUUUGAUUCUCCUAUGGAGAAUGUUUCUUUCGUUUUUACUAGUUUAAAGUCAAUUCAAAAAAUAAACAUGGAGGUUUUGAUGAGCAUUAUAGCAUUUUGUAGUGAAGGGAAAUUGUUGAAAAGGGUAAGACUUUCUUUCCCUGUGUGUUGAAAUGUGCCAAUAAGUACUUUUCUGUUUCAUACAAUGAGAUGCUAGUGCAAGGCUCUACUGAGUGCUCUUGACAUUCCAGUUCUGUUACCCAGGUGGUCAUUGCAUUAUUUGUAUCUUGCAAGCCCCAGAGUUGGGUCUUAAGUUUUAGCUUAAGUUAUUUUAAGAGGAAGUUUAUGUUCUGAUUCUUUACUGAGAAUACAGUAUUGAUAUUCUUGCUAUUGCACAGAUAACUGAUUUUUUUUAAUUUUACUCAUUGAAGUUCAUUUGCACCCUUAGCUCUCUGUAAAUGUUUCCCCUAGUUGUAUGUACUUACUAAAUGCACGCUUCUCCACUGUACAUAUUAGACAUUUUUGUGCUGAAAUAUAUUAAGUAGGAUUUUUGUAGCAAAGCAUUCUAUUUUUAUGUUCUUAUAGUAUAUGUGUUAACUUUAAUCUUCAAUUAAAACACCAGUGUAUUUAUUUUUUAGCAACUUGACUCCUAGAAGCCUUAGACUAAUUUUUAAAUAAACAUUUAACCAAAAAUUAUGAAUUUAUUGAGAUGUGGCCUUAUAUAUGGUAUUUCUUGUGUUCAUAAUGUGAUUUUUUUUUAAAUUUAGAUUUUAUUUAAAUCAAGAUUUAGAAUUUGUUUUAUUUUAAGUCAAAGUAGAAAAUGUAUUAAGUGUCUAGGCUUCUGGGAGGAAGUUCUUAUACUCUUCUUUCUUGGCAUUAGAAAGAAACAAUAUGAAUUUAUGGGUAUUUGAACUAUUCAGUGUAUUGUGUUAUGUUCAGAUUGGUUUAGGUUUGUCUUAACCCAGUGUUUUUUUAAGCUGCAGGUUGUCGGCCUUCUCUGACUAUACAGCUACUGUGGCUUUUGUAUGGGGUGGAUGAACUCUUGGUUACGUAUAGCCAGAUUUCAGGGUUUUAAAGAUGUCCCAUCACAUUAAUUAUAUUGUAAUGGGAGGCUUUUAAAAUAUUAGGUAAAAUUUAAUUGAAGUCACAUAAAUUUUGACUGAAAUGGUAUCUGUGGAUAGUAAAUACUACGAGCAGUUUUUCAUGUGGGAGUACCUGACACUCCACCAUGGGAGUAAAUUAACAUUCAUUUCAUAAUUGGAGAGACCCUUCUUUUAGUAGAAAUAUUUCAUUUUGAAGGUGUAUUUUUUGCUACACUGUUACUGCGUAACACUUCUCAUCAUUUUCUGUAUGCAAAUUAUUUUAAAAUACAGUGGUAAAUUCAUGUUUGUUUAUUAUUUUUUCUUUUGGAAAUUGUACUCAGGUGGUAUUUAAUGGGAAAUGACCCUUUGGGGUGAAUUAUAAUGUGUUUUGAGGACUGCAUCUAUAACAUUUAUGACUUUAGCCUUAAAGAGGUCUAGUAUUUUUUCUUUUGCAUCCCGUGGUGUAUUAGCAAAGUAGUUUACAGUCCAGAACAGCCUUACAAAGUUGUUUUACAAUUUUUAAUGGAAAGCCCUUAACAACAAAAAAUUGUAUCAUAUUACAGUACUCAUGAGUUAUUGAAUAAUCAUCCUUUGUAAAUAAGCUGUCUAAUAUCAGAAGGCCAAAGAAAAGUCUUGAAAUUUUAGCUGUUGAAUGUGGUGUGGUGACUUCAUAAGAUUUCUGUGCAAAAGGUAAGGUAAUAUUCCAUCAAAUAGGCAUCAUUUUGAUGUCCAUGAAAACUAGACUUCCAUAUUAGCUUCUUUCAAAAGGCUCAUUCCCAUUUUAUUAAAAUGUUUGUACUUGCAAUUUUGUGUUUAAUGUUUACUUUGUCUCUCCUUCCUUUAGCAUUUAGGUGACUGUUGAGCAGUUUGCUAUAUGGUCAUUGUUGGCCUUAAACUGCACUAGUAACAAGCAUGGUAUUUAUCUUGUAUUGAAAAUAAAAAGUUUUGAUAAUA